AUUUCCGUGCAUUCGUAAACGGUAAAUAGCGUUUAGAGUAGGGCAAAAUUGACGGUUACAAUCGUUUUAUUUCCAACACGUUUGAGGCCCGUAGUAGAAAUAGCUGCACACCAACGAGGCGACGACAAAUUAAAUCUACCGAUAGUGGCGUUUUAUUCGAUAUAACGUGAUACACUGUAAAAACUCCAGGAACACCAGAGCGGAAUCUACAUGACCACAUCAGUGAAGUGUUAAAACCACAACUAUUUGGUUUUGGACUAACACCCGAAAGGUUUUUAUAGGCCUAUACAUCAACAAGUGUAAUAUUGUAUGUGUAGGCUAUAUUGUGUGUGAUUACAUCUAGGCUGACAUUUGGCAUCAAUGGUCAUUGGAAGGCCAAACUCAGGGAUUGAACCUCGAACCUCUGCAUCAAAUUUGUAACGUCCCCAUCAUGCAGAUACCACAGCGCCCUUUCUUAUUCUAUGGUAAAGAGGCCUAUCCAAGGGGAGUUAGUAGCCUACAUAAAUCGAAAACGUUGUUUGUCUUUUCUUACUAUAAGAAUCUUCAACAUGAAUGGCGAGAUGCUGCUCAUCAUCUUGCUGCUAUGUGGGGCAGCGAAAGUGCAGUGCCAUCCCAUGUAUCGCGAGACCAACUCGACCUACAUGACGAAGAGAAAUGAGUUCUUAGAGAAGGAAGCCGGUGUCGUCGUUGGUUCAAGUCUCGUGCUUAACGAGAAAGAAAAGAAGCUGAAUGAUUUUCUACUGAGUGCCAAGAAAGGCGAGGUUUCACGAGGUUUCAAGACAACGUUUCCACCAGCCGUGAACUUUUUAAAGGGUAAACCCCUUGUUGAGAACAGCACGGUCUUCCAAAUCAUUAGACGAAUGCCGAAAGGUGGUAUUCUCCAUAUCCACGAGAUUUCCAUGGCCAAUGCUAGCUGGGUGGUACAAAACAUCACAUACCUUCCGCACCUAUACUACUGUGUUACCGACGAUUACUAUUCGUCCCUGCACUUCAACUUUUCGGCCACGCCCCCGUCUCAGAGCCCGCCAGAUUGCGUCACAGAGUGGAUGUCUGUUGCCAGCGCGCGUGCGCGGAUGGGUGCCGAACUUUUCGAUCAAAUGUUACAUCACAACAUCACAAUGGCUGCUCAAAAUCCCGACGUAGCCUACCCCAAUAUUACAAUGUCUUGGUUGAGGUUCGGCACUGCUCUACACUCCCUAACCGAACUCUUCUUCACAACCUCGGCUUUCCGGUUAUUUAUGUGGCACAGUCUGGAACGGAUGAUCCGGGACAAUGUUCAAUACGUCGAGAUCCGAACCCUCUUAUAUCCGCUUCAAGAUCUAGAUGGCUCGACCUCCACACAGGAACGCACCCUCCAGGAGUACAUUAGGGUAUUGCAGGAUUUCAAGAACCAGUAUCCAGAUGAUUUUGUGGGAGGAAAAAUCAUACUUUCUUCACUUAGAUACCCUGUCAACAGAACUCUUGUCGAAGAUCAGCUAAAUCUCGCAAUGGACUUCCGGAAGAAGUACCCAGAAUUCUUUGCGGGAUAUGAUCUUGUAGGAGAAGAAGACAGCGGAGGACCUUUGAUAGCUUACAUCAAUGAGCUUCUAACCCCGUCUCAGCUUGGGGUGGAUCUACCCUUCUUCUUUCAUGCUGGCGAAACAGAUUGGGAAGGAGAAUUCGUUGAUAGGAAUCUAAUUGAUGCAGUCCUUCUUAACACCUCUCGCAUUGGACAUGGAUACGCCAUCAAUAAACAUCCUGUCGUCAUGGAAACGAUCAAGUCGAAGGGUAUCGCGAUUGAGCUCAAUCCCAUAUCGAAUCAGAUUCUUCAUCUCGUACACGACCUGCGAGACCACGUUGGAGCCGGCCUCAUCGCUGAUGAUUUCCCGGUGGUCGUCAGCUCCGACGACCCCAUCGUUUGGGAGGCUUUACCCCUUUCACACGACUACUACAUGGCUUUCAUGGCUAUGUCUGGAGAGAGCACUGGUUUAACUCUUCUUAAACAGCUAGCCAUAAACACCAUCAAAUAUAGUGCAAUGACCCAAGCAGAGAAAUCAGCCGCGUCGACUUUAUGGCAGGCCAAAUGGGACAGAUUUAUCACCGAGAUGAUCGCAAUGUACAUCAGUAGAAGAAGUCCUAUUGAUUAACAAAACAAUGUCAUGAAAUCAAAUGGCUGAUCGAAGAUAGUAGCAAUAGAUGAUUUAUUGUUUAUCAUUUGGUCUUUAUUUUUAUGAACGGAAAUCCGGGGACGGUUUCAUGAGAUUAAUCGCUAUAACCAUUUGAACAUUUCUCGUUCCUGAAAGUUGCCAUCGUAACAGUCAGCUUCACAGGCCAGUGCUUCAGCAGCCGAUCAACCUGUCGUUCAGUCAACGCUGACAGUUCUUGGGGGACAAAUGUUUAUGAUACACCAUUAGAUCAACCUGAUUCAUACUUACGUUUCAAAUUUUAAUUUUGGGAUCUGUUGAACGAUGUGUUGGCAUUAAACAUGAUCAAACGCAAAU